UGAGAAAGAAAAGGUCAAAGUGUGGUGUCUUUUUUAUAAGAUAUUGGAAUAGAAGCAAUACUGGCUCUUAGUCCUCGGUAAAAUCAAUGCAAUUGCUAUUUGUAUAUUUGCCCGAUAUCAACAAAACAUACUCGAAAUUUCACUGAUGGGCCCUUGCUUCAUAUAGAUGGUAUUUGAUGACGGUAUUUUGACGACUCGUCUGUAAUUACAAUGUCAAUGGGCGUACUGUUCAAAUCAAUUGAUAAGGACAUUUGAACUGUAUUACGCAUCAGGUGAUAAGCUCGCAAAGUAAAUUUGUGCCAGUAAAAUAUCUCGGUGUAACAAUUAUUUUUUCUCAAGGCAUGUAAUAAAAGAGACGCAGUAAAGGUUCGCUAGGUAGAACGUAGUAACUCGUUUCUUUUUCUUUCAUUAUGGAAAAGCAAGCCGGCUUAUCGCCGCAAAACCAGAAGUUCACACGUUCGGCUGCUCGCAACAAAUUUAAACCAUAUGUUGUUUUCAUCCUGGUACUGACGAUGUUAUGUUACCUUCAAUUUUGGCAGCCUAGCUGUCGAACGGCACGGGCGCAGGCUCCUUUAAAAACGUAUCGAGAUGGGAAUUUCACCUGGACAGAUUGCGGCAGUGGACUUACCUGCUCAACCUUUGAGGUCCCUGUUGACUGGCAUAAUUCCGACAGUCCCCGGUUCAAGUUAGCACUCAUCCGACUCAAAGCGACGAAGAAAGUUUCCAAAGGAGCCUUAUUUGUUAAUCCCGGUGGCCCCGGAGGUUCUGGGGUUGAUUUCAUCAAAAGAGCAGGAGACGUCGUAUCAAAGAUGGUGGACGGACAUUACGAUAUUAUUGGCUUCGACCCUCGCGGUGUAGGAGAUAGUAACACCAUCCGAUGCUUUGAAGAUGGAAUAGAGAGCAAAAAAUUUAUGGCCAAUCGACCGCAGGCACUCGGAUAUGGAGACAACGUAGCAAACUUCGCGGCUGUCCAAGAAGCAUUUGCAAGCCAAUGUAUUCGAAAAAACAAAGACUUUCUUCCAUAUGUGUCGACUGCUUCGGUAGCUAGAGAUCUGGAUGCUCUAAGAGAAGCUUUUGGUGAAGAUGUGACAAACUAUAUCGGCUUCAGCUACGGAACCUUCAUUGGGGCUGUGUACGUCAAUAUGUUCCCUGACAGAGUUGGUCGAUUUAUGGUGGAUGGCUGUUUGGAUCCAUCCCUCUAUUCUGGUGAAAAUCUCAAACUCGUUGCUAGCUCGCUUAUCCAUACAGACGAUGGAAUAGACGCAAUGGGAUCAGCAUGUGAAGCUGCUGGACCAGAAAAGUGCGCAUUAGCCCGCAAAUCAAACAACUCUCUGAGCGGUGACUCCUACGUUGCAUCCACAAUCCGCAAAUUCGUGAACAACCUUAUCGAAAAACCGCUGCUGGCAACUAACCAACCCGUGAUAUCGGUGGUGACAGAGCUCGAUGUAUCCGGCUUUCUAUUUUCUUCAACAUAUAAGGCAGCUUUGUGGCCGCGAUUUGCGGAAGCAAUCGAUGAGGCUAUCCGCACUGGCCGUGGCGAUGCCAUUGUUGAUGCUAGUAUGCAAAGGGAUACGGAUCUAUGUCCGCUGGUUGAACCUUAUCUUGCAGCACAAAGUCCUAUAAUGUGCCUCGACGGACAUCAUGACGAACAUCAAAAUCUUACAAGUUGGAUGCAAGGAGUCGAUGAAGCCAUCAACGUUAGCUCAACUGCAGGUCGCAUAAUGGGAACUUCUAUGAUGCGGUGCCUGUAUUGGAAUGUUAAGGCGUCUGAGCGAUACACUGGUCCUUGGAAUCGGACAACCAAGAACAAGGUUUUGAUUGUCGGUGCAACUGGAGAUCCUGUUACGCCAGUGGAGAAUGCAGCAAGAUUGGAAGAGCUUAUGGAAGGUAACGGUGUCUUCCACAAACAUUACGGUUGGGGUCACUGCAGCCUUGGUCAGCCGAGCCAAUGCACACUGCAAGUCAUCAAGAAAUAUUUCGUCGAUGGAGAGUUACCUCCCAAAGGAUCAAACUGUCCUUUUGAAUAUAAUCCGUUUGAUCCUCCUGUGGCGUUUAGCGAGGGUGAGGUCAGCUAUGAUGACAUUGCCAGGGCAGCAUACGCUAUAAAACCGUUCUGAGGUGUGUCGGCAUUUGCCUGUAAAUAUUUUUUUUUUUUUUUGUUGUUUCAAAGUAUCAAUUAAUGGUUUCUUGAUAAAAUCACG